CGGAGAAGCCGCGCUUUAACACUCCAGUCUGAAGCAGGAAUAUCUCUCAUUCAAGGGGGGCGACAGAAACGCUCAGCAUGGAGGCCUCUGGCUGGCCGGGUGGAGAAGAUCCUCUGGACAGUCGAGUAUAUGAGGUGACGGUGGUCCAAAACUCCACGGCUCCUCACAGCCACCCGUUCGCAGACGUGGCCUUGCUGCAGAGCUUUAAGCCCCUCAUCAUCCCCUGUUACGUGCUGGUGGUCCUAGUGGGCGUUUUCGGCAACUACCUGCUGAUCUACGUCAUCUGCCGCACCAGGAAGAUGCACAACGUCACAAACUUCUUCAUCGGGAAUCUGGCCUUCUCCGACAUGCUGAUGUGUGUGACCUGCGUCCCGUUCACUCUGGCCUACGCCUUCAGUGCCCACGGCUGGACCUUCGGCCGCUUCAUGUGUUAUCUGGUGUUCCUGAUCCAGCCCGUCACUGUAUACGUGUCUGUUUUCACGCUCACUGCCAUCGCCGUGGACAGGUACUACGCUACAGUGCACCCUCUGAAGAAGCGCAUCUCGAUGGCUGCCUGUGCGUAUGUGCUCUCCGGCAUCUGGCUGCUGUCCUGUGUCCUGGUGGCUCCGGCGGUGGCCCACACCUAUCAUGUGGAGUUCAGAGAUGAGGGUUUGACCAUCUGCGAGGAGUUCUGGCUUGGUCAGGAGACCCAGCGGCUGGUGUACGCUUACAGCACGCUAUUGCUGACCUACAUCCUCCCUUUAUCCGCUGUCUGCGUCUCGUAUUUGUGCAUCUCUGUUAAAUUACGCAACUGUGUGGCUCCGGGACAUCGUACACGGGACCAGGCCGAAGCGCAGCGGAUAAGGAAGAGGAAGAUCUUCAGGCUGGUGUCUCUGGUGGUGGCGGCGUUCGCUGUUUGCUGGCUGCCUAUCCAUGUUUUUAAUGUUCUGCGCGACAUCGAUAUCCGCCUGAUCAACAAGCGGCACUUUCUGCUGAUCCAGCUGUUGUGUCAUCUGUGCGCCAUGAGCUCGUCCUGCUGCAACCCGUUUCUGUACGCGUGGCUUCAUGACCGCUUUCGAGCAGAGCUGCGAAAGAUGUUCACCUGCCACCGGCGCAUUGGGAUACCUGCCAACCACUGCGCCACGGCCAGCGUUGUACUGUGAACACACCAAGGGCUUUGAAAAUGAGCUGAAGCAUGUGGAGUUUAUAAGAGUGAGUGGUGGGGAAGUCUAGGUGUCAGGGGUGAGGUGUCUGAAGAAACACUGUUUCAGUCAGCUGCUGCGAUCGGAUACUAUACCACAGUCGGUGAUCCGAGGGUGUUACAUACUGUACCAAAAAGCUGAGGACCGGGGUAGAGGGGUAGAGGCUUGGGGACGAAAAUACAGGAGUGUUCCGGGAGAAAUAACAAAACGGGAGGGUGGCGGGAGAUGGGUCUGAAAUAUGGGAGACUCUCAAGAAUGUUGGCAGGUAUGGCCAUUGGAUCUUUUGGUCUUAAGACCUGAUACACUGUAUAUUGGAGAAUUCAAUUCAAUUUUAUUUAUAAAGCACUUUAAAACAACACAGUUGUCCAAAGUGCUGACAAUAGAGAGUAAAUUAACAUAAUUAUGAACACAAUCAAUCAAUAUGACACAGUUUUACUACCAACAUACACCAUAGUAAACCCAGUUUUGAUGUAAAGGCCUGAUACAUAUCAGAGAAUAAACUGUGUGAUGGCAUUUCAAAGUAAACGCCUUUGAGCUCCCAUUGGUCAAUGUCAGUGAUGUCAUAUGUGGGCGUGGCUCUUUUUUAAACACAAGUCAUCUGUGGUUUAUUUCUUCUGUUCAGGUUGUCAAGAUUAGGUGUCCAAGUGAAAAUGUCAACACUGGAGAGAUGCUCCACAGUAGAAACUCAAGUUAUAAUAACUGAAGUGAAACUACACUGUAAAAAUGUCCAUAAAUUAGCGGUUUUCCAUGUUUUGUGAUUCAUGAUUUUA